AUGUCGACGGCCUACGUCAAACAGAAGCUCAAGUCUGCCCGCGAUCUGAUCGGCAAGAAGGACUACGAGGCCGCCUUGCAAGCAGCGAGCGAUGUCGUCGAUUUUGAACCCCAAAAUUACAACGCAAGAGUGUUCAUUGCUCUGUGCCAAUCUCAUCUCGAUCGAGCGACCGACAGCGAGGCAACGUACCGCAGAGCCAUCGAGCUUGCACCUCAUCAGUCUUUAGCCUGGCAGGGCCUCGCGACCCUCUUCAAAGAUCAGAAGCAAUGGGACAAAUAUACCGACACGCUGCUGUCAAUGCUCGACAUGUAUGUCGAAAGCGCCGACGCUUCAAAAUGCGCCGAGACAAUCGAAAAGCUGCUCGAACAGCGACGAGAGAGAGGCACAACCGAGCAGAUCGUCGAAACGCUCGCAUGGCUUCUGCCCGGGUCGAGAUUUUACUCAUUGCUGGCACGGUUGCCGCCUCCGGACGCGACGAUGCCCGAAAGUACGGCCACAUACUAUACCCAGACUGCGAUCCACGACAGCAUGCCUGUCCUCGAGGAAAUCAUCCGCAUCCUAGAAAAGGCCGAGCGCAACAGAAUAGAAGCCGAAGUCAUGCAAAGGCGGCAAAGGUUGGCCGGUCCCGUCACCUCAGCCGAGCAGACUCGCAGAGCCGUCGAUAGAGAGAUCCUUGCUGUCUCCGAUCUACCUCGCUACUAUGCUACGCUGCUCGAUCAGCACUCGGCUACGGACGAAUCGCGAAGGCAGACCGAAUCAAAGCUGCUUCGGCAUAAGCAUGCCCUGCUCAUUGCUCUGCCCGCGACAGCAACCGUGCCAACGCCAGAUCUGCCUUUAUCCAAGCUCAAGAGAUGGAUCGCGCUCAAAGCCCAAUUACGACACGAGGUGCUCGACUUGACGCGAGACAUGGUUCUGUUAAAGCUGCCUGAUGUGCUCGCCUGGCAUAUUCAGCUUGACUGCAGAGAUUAUUCAGACAUCACAGCAUACGAUAGGACAGUCCUAUCGAAUUUUGCUGACCUUUUCGAGGAUGACCCGCUCACUGACAUCAUCCGAGCGUAUGAAACCAGCUCGCGGCCGCACGCCAAUGGCGACGAAAGGCACGAUGAGCCGUCCCUAUCGAGCGACGCCAUCUCAGAUCUCUACGCACGAAGCAUAGAACGCUGUCAGCCUUCAGCAAUCUGUGCAAAAGCACUGACGAUCAAUUACUAUGCCGCACAAAAGGAGCACGCCACUGUCAUCGAGAUUGGCGAAGCAGCCUUGCAAGGCAUACAAGCUAUUGUCGAGGACUACGGACAGUCAAUGCCUGCCAUCACUGCAAUGUUUGAGCGACAGAUGGCACUGGCGUAUGUUGAAUACGACGCGCCAAAGCAUCACGUCCGCGCACUGCGGCUGCUGGAUCCAUUGCUAUUGACUCGACCUGAUGAUGCCGAAUGUCUCUUUGCGCGUGCGACGAUCAGAGCCGCAUCGGAAGAGUGGAAAGACGCAGAGAAGAGCUUCACGGCUGUGCUUGCUUCGAGCAGCGCAUCAAAUUCUCUCCAGGCACAAGCCAAGGAAGAGCAAGCCUGGUGCCGAGUUAACCAGAGCGAUUUUACUACAGGCCUGCAAGGUCUCGAGACAGCGCUAAGCGGAAUCUUUGAUUCGGUGGACACGGCCCAUGAAAGGCUGGCGCGGUUGCACUGGCGUAUAGGAAGCUGCUACUGGCGCAUGGCAGGCGACGAUCGCCCUGCCAAGCAACUUGCGUACUCUUCUUUCAUCUCGUCCAUCAAGGCAGACUCGCUCUUCGCGCCUGCAUUUACCUCCCUUGGCCUGUACUACCUCGAAGCGCUCGAGCCAGCCGAUCAUUUGAGAGCUUCACAAUGCUUCCAGAAAGCGUUCGAGCUCGAUGCCACGCAGGACAAAGCAGCGAUGCUGCUUGCCCAAGAGUUCGCGUCGGCUUCGCAAUGGGAUCUCGUCGAAGUCGUCGCUCGUCGCGUCGUCGGAUCGAGCGUCACCUCAGAUCAAUCGACAAGACUUCCGGUCGGCUCAGCGCUCGCAAAGCGAAGUGCUUGGGCAUGGAAGGCUAUCGGAGCUGCAGAUUUGGAUGGCAAGCGAUAUGACAGUGCAAUUACAUCGUUUCAGUCGGCACUACGGGGCUCCCCUCGCGACGUGUCCACCUGGAUGCGACUUGGCAUGUCAUAUAGGGGAUCUGGCAAAUACGUUGCAGCACUGAAGACAUUCGCGCAAGUCCUGAAGCUUGCGCCUGAUUUUUGGCAAGCCAAAUAUUGCAUCGGCGAAGUGCAGCGCGCCAUCGGACUCACUCGAGCGGCUAUUGAUACAUUUUCGGAACUGACGGCAACGCGAUCCAGCGACGAUAGCUUGACAGUUGUGCUUGCCGAAACGCGCGUGCUGCAUUCGCGCACGCUGUUCAGUACCGGCUACAACGAUCGAGCAAAGGAGCAGCUUCUACUUUCCAUCAAGGCCACUCUCGCCAUUUGCGAACACGAUGCGCUGGCUCAGCAAUGCACUAAAAUUCUCGCCGAUGCCUUGGAAGCCUUCAGCUCGUGCGAUCUUGACGACGUCAAGGACACUGUUCGCGAGCAAGUUGCUACUGUACUGGCGCACGUCGGAAUGAAGGAUGCUUCCGAUAAGGCCAAAGUCCACGCUGUCGAUGUGCUUACCACUGACACGAUCACUCAUCAAGCGGGAAGACUUCCACUUAGUUCACUCUGUGCAGCCGUCUCGGUGCUGUGCUAUCAGUGGCGCGUCACUGCCUGUCAGAAGGAGUACGAGCGUCUCGGAUCGGCAUGGUACGAUCUUGCUUUAUCGGUCUACGCGCUUCGGAAGCAUAACACGCUUGUCCCGACACCCGAGCUUGCCAAAAAGUGCACCGAGCAAAGCAUAAUGUGUCUGCGCUUAGCAUUGCAGCUUGAACCACGUAAUGCUCUCUUCUGGAACGCCUUAGGCAUCACAACGAUUGACACGAGCGCUAAACUCAGUCAGCACGCUUUCAUUCGAUCUGUCGAGCUCAACGGACGCAGCGCGACAGCAUGGACAAAUCUUGGUCUGUUCUAUCUACUUAAGGACGAUCCUGAGCUGGCCAACAAGGCUCUUUUGCGCGCUCAAGUGUUGGAUCCAGAGUACGCACGGGCGUGGAUGGGUCAAUCGGAGUUGGCCCGCGCAAAUGGCGACCUUUCUGCCGCUUUCGUCCUCGUCGAGCACGCUUGGGCUUUGCCGGGCUACGUGUCUUCGAUCGAUUUGACCUAUGCCGAACAGACACUCGGCUCGGCGGAUAGUCUCACUGGGUCUGAUGAGCAAGUGUCGAGACUCUCGUCUGGACUGUAUGCCAUGUCUCGACAUCUAGCACACCAGCCGGAAGAUGCCACUGCUCUGCACCUUCAUGCCCUACUGAGCGAGCGACUCAAUUUGCUUGAUCAGGCACAAUCGAGUCUUGAGCAAGCUGCCACUGUGCUGGAAGGUCUAUACGAGACUUCAGAGUCAGAAGAGACGGAGCGCCGGUUCGUCAUUGCACACGCCAAUCUAGGCAGAGUCAGUCUGGCGAAUGGCAAUCUCGAUGGGGCUCUGACUGCCUUUGACGCCGCUCUGAGCUUGCUCGAAGAUCUUCCGGAGGAUGACGAGCAAGGAAGCGCGCUGAAGCUGCAAGCCAUGCUCGGACAAGGUCUCGCUCUGCAUGCUCAAGGCGAUUCCGCGGCGAGCUAUGAAGUACUGCAGCAGGCCAGAGCUGAAGCGCCUGAUCAGUCUUCGGUAUCGCUCAAGCUUGAUUUAGCGCUCUCGAAAGUCUUGUGCGAGCGCGAAGAUGGUGCAAGCGUAUCGGAAGCCACGGAAAUCCUACAAGGACGCCUGAACGUCAUGGAUACUGGCACUCGAGGCGUUGUCGGUGUCGUGACUGCGCUUCUGGAGCUGGCCUUAGCGCAGAAGAACAACAAAUUGUUUGCCGACACGCUCAAGUAUGCCUCGGCUUACGACGCAGAAACGACAGAUGGGCUAGAUCCUACAGGUCAGAUCGCACAGCUGGCUGCUACCUUUCGAUUGCGUCAAGGGGAUACGCAGGGUGCAACAGAGAUCUUGGCUGCGCGAGUGCAUCGUCGACCUUACGACGCAGCAGGUCGAUACCGGCUUGUGGAGAACAUGAUGGACGCGCAAGUUGGAUCUGCCGAUGAGAUGGCCACUCUUCUGGGCGAGGGCGAGAGAAACUCGGGAAAUCUAGAGACAUACCUGCUCCUGCAGUCGCGACUUGCUACACUCAGAGGCGACACUGAUAGCGCUAUCGAGUGCGCACAGAGAGCAGUCCACGAAAAGCCUGGAUGUGCGGCAAGCAGAGCAGCCUUGCAAGUAGCAAUGGACGCGCAAAGAUAG